GUGACAGAACGCUGCUCUGUCCUGUCGUCCUCUCAGAUGACGUGUCUCACCCCUUCAGUGUCCCCAGAUGUCAAAGUGAAGGGCGUCUGGUUUCAGCUGGACAACGUCAGAGUCCACUACGAGACAAUCAAGGGUAAGAGCUUCACAUAUUAUCCGAACCCGGAGUUCUUCCCUCUGAACAGAGACGCGCCAGACGCUCCGUAUCGCUUCAAACCAGGAGGAGUCAUUGCUGUCGAGGGUCAGGACCUGACGCGUGCCAUGUCCAGACAGGAAGUGAGAGCUCGUCUCGGGGACCAGGAAUGUGAGGUGAAGACGCUAGACAACACUCACCUUUACUGUGAGCCUCCAGAGACACAACCACAGAGCAUGGACAGCGGGGACAGCCUACCCAGCCUCAGG